AUGAGAAGCGCUAACCUUGCAUCGAUCCCCCGGUGUUCCAUACUCUGGUUUACCUCCUGCCAAAUACCACAAUUCGGACUCCUGCCCUUUGCAGGCACUGUAUGUGAAUGUCGUCCGUUAUGACUUUAUGCGGUGGUAAUUUUGAGCUGCAAUGGAGCUGUUUAAAAUUAUCUUCAACCAGCCAUGACAGCCUUGCUUUCAUGGCCUGUCCUUCCAUUGGCAGCUUCGUGCAUCUGAUGGAUUUGGACUCGACGUUCAAUCAAUUUUGCCGUCCUUCGUUCGAGUCCUGUUUGUUGUCAGGCGGGACGGCUCAGGUUACUUGUUGCCUGGCCUCGCCGUUGAUCAGCCUCAAGCGUCUUGCCACAUGUCCUACGUGCACAGCUCUGAUGGUACAUGACCUGACGUACGGCCGGGUGCACAAAAUCAGCAUCGUCAAUUGUCUUUUUGUGCUAGUCGUGUCGACAGUCAUUGUCUGGAAAGGAGUGGAGGAUAUCUCUUAUUUUACAUGUCCUACAUGCACAGCUUGCAGAGUUCUGAUGGUUCAUGACCCGGUGUAUACUCACAUGUGCAAAACUAGCAUUGUCAAUCGUCUUAUGAAGCUGGGUUGUGUCAGCAAUGUUGGAUUUGUUCUAGAAAGGAGUGGGGGAAAUCUUGGCAGAAUUUAAGACAAACUUUGUGAGUCGUACAGCUGGCAGACGCGGUCUUUGGCAUCAUGUAGCGAUGGCUUGUAAAAAGAUCUUCCAUUAGUAAUCAC